AGGAGGGAGGGCUGGAAUGUUGGGCGCCCCCGGGGUGGCAGGGACUAUUGUGCCCAUGAAAUCAUCCAUGCGUGUCCUCUGGGUGGGUCAGCUGCAUGGCGCUGCUGCCAAGCGUCGCACAGGGUGAACUUUAGGACCCAGAAAGUUUUGGAGGCGUAGGAGGGUUACUGGGUGAAAAGGAAGGAGCAGACAGGGUACCGCCCAGAGGAAGGAGCCUGCUUUCACUGCUGCCAGUUGAACCUCAGCACUUGAUAUGGCUUCUUCUCCAACUGUGUUGAUGCGCCUAAUGGCCUCUGCGUAUUCUGUUGCGCACAGAGCUGGAACAAUUGUCAGAAAUGUGAUGGCUGGCGGAGACCUGGGCAUAGUGGAGAAGUGUGGACCCAACGACUUGCAGACCAAAGCCGACCGACUGGUACAAAUGACCAUUUGCUCUUCACUGGCACGGAAAUUCCCCCGAGUGACAAUCAUUGGAGAAGAGGACCUGCCCUCUCAUGAUGUAGAUGAGGAGCAGAUUGAGAACGGUCAAUGUGAGGAAAUACUGAAGAAAGCUUUUCCACCACAAUACAGUUCCAUUAAAGAGGAAGAGCUUGUUGUGUGGGUUGAUCCUCUGGAUGGGACCAAAGAAUACACGGAAGGUCUCCUUGACCAUGUAACAGUUCUUAUUGGAAUUGCUUGAGGUAAAGCAAUAGCAGGAGUUAUUAACCAGCCCUUCUACAACUAUAGUUCUGUAAUAUCUGAUGCAAGGAUUUCAAAGAGACUUACAAAUGUUAAUCCAUUAUCACAAAGACCCUAUAAGGCAGGAGCAGAUGCCGUGCUGGGUAGGACAAUCUGUGUCCUAGGUUUGGGUGCCUUUGGAUUUCAGCUGAAAGAAGUGCCAGCUGGGAAACACAUCACUACUACCCGUUCACACAGCAAUAAGCUGGUAAAUGACUGCAUUAGUGCAAUGAACCCCGAUUGUGUGGUGAGAGUUGGAGGUGCAGGAAAUAAGAUCAUUCAGCUUAUAGAAGGCAAGGCUUCUGCUUAUGUGUUUGCUAGUCCUGGGUGCAAGAAGUGGGAUACGUGUGCUCCCGAGGCUAUUUUACAUGCUGUGGGAGGCAAGUUGACUGAUAUCCAUGGAAAUCCUUUUCAUUAUAACAAGGAGGUGAAGCACAUGAAUUCAGCAGGAGUCCUUGCAACGUUGAAAAACUUUGACUACUAUGCCAGUCGUGUUCCAGAGAGCGUUAAACAAGCCCUUGUGCCUUAAAAGAGGAAGGGAACUUCCUCUGGGCUGUGAAAAAAACAUUAACAUAAUAUUUCAAGCUAACUGCCAAAUGAGCUUGAAAAUUUGUUUUAUGAAAUCUGAGCCUAGAUUCAUUCUGAUAUUGUGCUGAUUAGUGAUUUGUUUUAGAAAUUAGUGUACAGAAUGUCUAGAUACACUGCUAAAUCUGAUUGUUUAGGGGGGAAAAACCAACAGUAGUUUUAACAGGUGACAGUUUUUCAAUAUUCACAGUAGAUUUUUUUUUUCCUUCCCUUUUUGUAAGUAAGGAACCCAGGGAAAGUUCUGUUCUUGUGAAUAGAUUUUGUGCAAUUUAUACUGUGUACAUUUGUAUCACAUAAUAAUGUCCAUAGUCCAAAUCUAUUUCCUUAACUUAUUUCAGGGCACGAAACCAUAGCCUGAAUUUGCUCAACAUCUUUUGUUGUACAUAGGCAGCAAUACUUAGUUCACUUUAUAUAUUGACAAAUAAUUUGUUUUGGGUCCAACUGCUUAUAAUAAAGUUACUGUUAUUGAUUCUUAA